CUGUUCAUUUUAACGAAUUCGAUAUCUUUUUAUAUACAAACAUGACUAUGCACUCAAAAAACAUGAUUUAGACAUGAGUUGCUUCUAUACCCAAAUCAAUCAGAAGCGAGAAACAAUUGCUUGGUACUCGAGAUGUUAGUACAAAAGCUGAGGGGUACUGUAAACUUUUUUAAUUUUUUUUCUUAGUUUAAAAUAAUUGUGUCACACGCUCUUGUGCUGUUAUUUGCACGCGAGGUGACCCAAGUCAAAAAAUGAGUAAAUUGAUCGAAUUCUUGGAAGUUAAACGAGUUUUUUGGCUAAAAAGAUAAAAAAUGAGGAAAUUGAAUAUUGGGUGCAAAUUCAGGAGCCAAUUUGAGCAUUUUUACUUAAUAAUAAAUAAUUCAGCUUCUCUUCGAGAUUGAGGAAGACGGAGACAGACAGAGCCCGACCUCUCCCAGCAUACCGUACCCUUUGGUUAUGAGACUUUAAUUUCGGGAUUUAUGGCUGCCGCUUCCGUAAUUUUUAAUAGGUAAUGGUUUUUGGUACUCUUCAAGUACCCUUUUUCUGAGUUGAAUUGUUUCACUUUCACCAUGUGGAAUUUUGCUUCAAAAGCCAUUAGUGGAUCCAUUCAGCUGAAGAAUGACCUUUUAAAGCCGAGUCAAGCUCCUUCAGAGUGCUCAGAUGAUGAACCUUGUUUAAACAAUUGCAGAGAAGAGGGACUUGAAUGCCCUAUAUGCUGGGAAUCUUUCAACAUUGUUGAAAAUGUGCCCUAUGUUUUAUGGUGUGGUCAUACCCUGUGUAAGAAUUGUGUGCUCGGGCUGCAAAGGGCUGUUGUGAAACUCCCUACACUGCCAAUCCAGCUUCCGUUCUUCAUUUCUUGUCCUUGGUGUAAUCUGCUAUCUUUCAGGAUGGUCUACAAAGGAAAUCUCAAGUUUCCCAGCAAGAACUACUUUCUUCUCUGGAUGGUUGAGAGCAUGAAUGGUGAUAGAUCAACAUCAUAUUUCUCCUUGCGUGGGGAUCAUCAGCCUGUCGGUUCUUCAAGCAGAAAUUUAGCUGUGGGAAAUCAAGUUAACCAAAUUCAUAAUAGGCGAGCCCAGUGUGCUCGUCCCCCAGUACAAUCAACAUCUAACCGUGAUGAGGGUCGCCUUAAUGCUAGAUACUUUAAUGCUGAAGGACUUCAGCUAUCCCUUCGUAAGUCAUUGGUUUUCUUUGUUCACUUGACAGCUAAGUUUCCAUUGAUUGUCAUAUUUCUUCUCAUUGUCUUAUAUGCAAUCCCAGCCAGCGCAGCUGUCUUGGCGCUCUACAUCCUUAUCACCCUUGUAUUUGCUCUCCCUUCUUUUCUCAUCUUAUACUUUGCCUUACCUAGCCUGGAUUGGUUAGUUAGAGAAAUCCUCACUUGAUUGGUUUGCCCAUUGUCUUGCACAGAGCAUAAAUAUGUUGCAUUCCCCUUCUUGCCAAUCCACUGGUAUCUCAAUUUAAUGACUUUGCUUUUGUUAGAUGUUCACUGCUGUUUUUGCAAACUGUGGUUCUGGAUUUGAAGUUCUUCAAUCAAAUCACUUCUUGUGCCAAACUUGAUUUAUAAAUUUUAGCAUCUGGCUAAUAAGUUGAUUGCAGAUGGUAGGCUGGUCUUGGGAUUGCCUUUCUUUGGUAGUUCAAAAUUUUUGGGGGAACAAUCGAUAUCAGUAAGAUGCUAGUAUUAUCUUGCUGUAGUGUAAAUAUAAGCUUUAAGUUUCUCGCGAGAAGACCAGUUCUUGGAACAUUAUUCCAGUUUCAGUGUUUUUUAUGCCGAAGGUAGUAGUUAUAUCAGUAAUUUGCUACUGUGUUUUUGCUCUUUGAUAGUUACAUAUACAUUGAAGUUUCCAGUUUUGUCGAUUCAGUUCUGAGAGCCAAGUGAAGCUAUCCGAUACAUUCCAGGAUGUGCUUUGUAUUGCCAUGAGAUUGUAUAUGAACAUUUCUUUAUCAUCAAUUAUAUAACAUUUCUAUAUGAAUAAAGAUGGGAAGGUACUCUUUUGUGUAGAAGUGUUGUCCUUCUCCAUGAGUUGUUUGCCUAAA